AUGACAGACUGUUUGCGUUAUCACUAUUUUAUCCAAAAGUCAUUACUUGAAAAGUAUGGGGAUACGAGAAAUUAUCUACCCAGAAGUCAACCAAAUACAAACACCAAAAUAAUGUUCACACCCGUAUCUAUGCCUGCAACCUGUGAAAUGUGCGGAAACUGGCUUCCAGAACACAGCUCAGAGUGUCCCAGAAAUGGCGUUCACCCAUCACAAUGGGCCUUGUCUUGUCCAGACGACUUCUUGUUAUCAUCUUUUGACCUUGACCAAGAUAUCAUCCAUAACCACCAUAUUUCAUUUGCCCCACAAACCUCUCAAUUAUUGUCGGCCUCCCAACUCAAUCUCUUGACCGAAAAGUAA